AUGAUUCCUAAAUUAUCCACUUCAAGAAAGCGUUCAGAAACUUUAUUUUCUAGUCGUUCUCUGUGCUUCCAGAAACUUCCUAAACCUGUAAAUUCAGCAUCUUCAAACAUCAAACUAAUUACAGAUUUGGAAGAAUUUGAAAUUUCAUACG